GAAACAGCUACCUGCAGUUGUAGUCUACUGUAUGUGGACUGGGACACACACAUGAUCUACACCAAACUUCUAUCGGCUGUUCUUCGAAAAAUAGCCUGUUUGCAUGAAGAGUCAAUUACUUUGAACGCGUAUCUAAAACACACCAGUGACACAAAAGGAAACAGAGUGAUGCUUUGAUCGCUGCCCAUUUGAUUUCAUGGGGAUGGGAGAAGCGCACUUGGCCACUUUGGGUGGACUGAUCCCAGCAAACUGUCAUUGAACGUUGAGAGGGUUACGCGCAUACACCUGAAACUUCUUCCGAUCCGGAGCGCCUCGUCCCCGGUUGAUGCCGAGGAUCAUGACCAUGAACGGUGACCAACAGUCGGUUGCCGGCGCACCGCUGGAUCUGCGCACCACUAACCGAGAGCGUGGGAGCGCCGGGUCGAGGACUGCGGACUGUAAAGGUCGCUCCAAGGACGCUCGGGUGACAGGAGUCUCACCCGCACCCCCCGCGUGCACAGGCACGGACAGUUUGGAAAUACACUGCCCCACGGUCCGAAGCUCACCGGGCACAGAAACCGGCGCUGCGAGUCGCAAUAAGCGGCCAGCGGACAAAUCUUCCUUCAGGCUUCCUUUUAGGAAACGCCCGAUUCCUGUCGAGCCGGAGACCCAAAGGCAGUCACCGGCUCCACCAGAAAGUGGAGACCGGUUUUCUCCUGCGGUAGAUACGGACUUCACAUCACGAGAGAGUUUAGACGGUCGUUUGGGAAGAGCCACGAAUGAAAGCAGGGUCGGCACAGCACCAGUGACUCCCAGGCGUGUUGAAGAGGCAGGACAGAGUCCAGAUGGGUAUCCCAUCUGCUUUUUGCCCUCGUUUGACUACGGUCCAUACCCAGUGUACCGUUUGCCCCCUGUCGCAGAGCUGAACCACCAUCUGGUCCACCAAACCGAAACCCUGCUGACUGGUAUCGCUCUGGCUACACAUCAAGAUGAAGAUGGAGACACAGCUCUCCAUAUAGCUGUGGUGCAGGGGGAGUUGGCCAUCGUCUGCAGACUGAUUCAACUCCUGCUGUGGGCUCGCAGAGGCCUUGAUGUCUACAACAACCUUCGUCAGACCCCUCUUCAUCUGGCAGUGAUCACCCAGCAGGCAAACAUGGUGGAGGCUUUGUUGAGAGACGGGGCCGACCCUGCUGCCUUGGACCGUAACGGCCAAACAGCGCUCCACCUCUGCUGUGAAUAUUACCAGCGUGACUGUCUGUCUAUUGUGCUUUCUCGCUCCUCAUCCUCCAUAUGCCUGGAGAUCAGAAACUAUGAGGGUUUGAGCCCUCUCCAUCUGGCGGUGCUGCGUGGCCAUAAAGAUUUGGCCAAAAUGCUGCUGGAUGCAGGCGCUGACAUCAAUGCUAUGGACAUUAAAAGUGGCCAGAGUCCACUCAUGCACGCUGUGGAGAGCAAUAACGCAGACAUGGUCCACUUCCUCAUUGAGAGUGGCUGUGAUGUUAACAGCCAGUCAUACAGUGGGAACACAGCCCUGCACAGCGCCUGUGGUCGAGGUCAGGUGGACACGGUGCGGCUGCUGCUAAAGAGCGGAGCUGACAGCAGCCUCAAGAACUACCAUAACGAUACCCCUGUGAUGGUGGCCAAGAACAAGAAAAUAGCAGAUGUGUUGCGAGGGAGAGGCUCCAACCACAUAAGAGUCCAAGAUCAACACUGUGUGUCUCUCUCACCCCAUGGGAGCAACUUAACAGAAAAUGGGUCCCCAUCUCCCAGCCACAGUCAUGGAUGUUCACCUUCGACUACACCACACACCCCUCAUCGUAGCACCUCUCACUCUCCAAAGACUCCAUCUACCCUUGUAUUUCCAUUUUACUAGCUCUAAAUUAUUGUCGAGUGCAACUUGCAACUACCUCCACACAGCCAACCAAUAAAGAGACUUCAGUGCCCAUAAGGACAUCCAGGAGAAGGUUCAGCCAAUGGGAUGAAGGAACAGUAAAAGACUCCACCUGAAUUUAGACUUCCCUACAACCUGGCCUUCUUUUGCUGGACUCCAUGACAAAAAACAGUCAAAGUUGGCAUCCUUACUUGGGUUUUGAUGCCUGGACAGAGUGCCUGCAGCGUCUUUGCUCAUCCAGCUACUGUUGUGGUCAACCUCCUAAGGACCAAACUGGCGACUGACAAGCUGCUGCAGUGAUCAGCUGGAUUUCUUUACAUGCAUCUAUGCAGCAAUAGAAAUGUGCCACUGCAUGCAAUCAAGGCUGAAUGCAAAAGGACUGUUUGUAGACUGCCUGGAGAUGUCAGUAAAUUAUGGACAUAGGCCUGCCUCGUUUUUUUUUUUUUUUUUGAUAGAUAACUAGAGAGAGAUGGCAGGAAAUGAAGGGCAACAAACAUUUUUACACCCUAACUGUUUCCAGUCUGCUUACUGUAAGGCUUGACCUGCUUAAUAUUGCACAGUUAAAUUCCUUCUUUCUGCCAUUUUAAUAAUCUAUGUACACAGUAUCUUUCAGAUGUUUGUGUGUGUGUGCAUAGGCCUGUGUGACUGUGUGUGUGUGUAUGUGUGUGUGUGUGUGCGCGCGCGUGCUUGUGUUUGUGUGUUGUUUUAUCACUGUCCAAAGUUGUGUAUAUAUUUUUUUAUAUAAAAUGUGUUCUACAGAUUCACUUUUGUCUUGAUUUUGUCAGCUUGUCCCACAACAACACAUUUUAAAAGCAGUGUUGUGAUUGGUCAGUGGGAGGUCCUUUGGAACAAAACCAGCCCCCCCCAAAAAAAGAUAUUAAAUAUUGUAGGGCCCUUUUGUUUAUGUAAAGUGAGGCUGCUUUAAAAUUAACC